AGCAACACAGGAGAGAAGAGAAACCUGAAAGGAAGUUCAUCUCAAGACAAGAAGCCUCAAAGCAAACAGGAGAAAAAUGCUGUGCUCUCAUGGAUUCCCAUCUGCCCUCAGUCCUUUCAUGGACUUCUCCUGGCCUGUACGCAGUCUGUGGCCAGAGGUCAGACCUCUGCUCUACCAGCAGCAUCUCCUGCAACCAAACCUCCAGGAUCUGCGCAGCAGUCUGCAGCUGAUGGACACACUUCAACACCAGAUCCUGGAGGACACAGAGCCUUUCAGGAGCAGCGUGGCUCUGCAGCCAGUCUCCUACCAGCUGGACAAAGAGGGAGAGCACUUUGGCCUCACCCUGGAUACUCAAGGCUUUUCUCCAGAAGAGCUGUCAGUCAGGCAGGUGGGCAGGAAGCUGAGAGUCAGUGGGAAGACAGAGAAGAAAGAAGAAAAUGGGAAAGGCUCCUACUCUUACAGACUGCAGGAGUUCAGACAGGAGUUUGAUCUGCCUGAAGGGGUGAAUCCUGAGAACGUCAACUGCUACCUUUCUCCAGAUGGAAAGCUCCACAUCCAGGCAGCCAAAGUUCCUUGUGUGGAGCCAGCUGAGAGAGAGCUGACUAUCAAGAGGAGCUCAGAGGAGGAAACACAGCAGAGUGUGUGUUCACCAGCAGAAGACAGCCAAUCAGAGACAGACAACAGAUCAUAGAACAAACCAGCAAACAAGGACUGACAAACAUGCUGAUGUGCCAAUAGGAUGGUUAUUCAUUUAUUUCUGUACUGAUGGCCUUAUGUGGUUAACUGAUAUUUUUCACUGUAUUGUAUGUUGUAACAGAAUCAUUUAUA